AAAACCCGGCAAUCAAGGCGCCGUACAGGUGUUUUAAAUACUAGUACCGAGACACCUACCGCUGCUGGACAUUGCGCACCCCAAUGGCCACGAUGGCUACGCAGACUCCCAAUCUCCCUCAACCACGGCUCGGCGUCCCGUCUCGGAAUCCGCUGCCUCUGUCCGCCUCGCAGGAGUCGCAAGUUCGAGAUAUUUACUACGCUAGGGUGCGAAAACUGUGCGCCGACGAAAUUAAAGCAUUCGCCGACUGCGCCCUCGGUCGAACAUUUAGCGUUUCAUUUGCCUGCAAAGCUGAAAACCACGCCAUGAAUGCCUGCAUGGUGCAGCACGCCACCCAAGAGCAACAAGACAAAGCCCGCGAGGACUGGUUCGCACUGCGAAUGGAGCGACAGAAGCAGCGCGAGAGAAAAGCCAAGAUGGCGGCAGCUCAAGAGGAAUUCAUGCGAGACUGGUGGGGGCUUCCAGAGGAGGUGAGGCUGUCGAGGCAGAAGGAGAUGGAGAAGAGAGGGGAGACGAUACCACCUGCAAGACGAGAUGCCGGCUCCAAGUAAAGGGCGGGCUUAUUGCUUUUGAAAGCAAAGAGCAAUGUUUAUUGUGUUUUUUGCUUUUCUGUCUUUUCGUUGGCGUUUAAUGUUGGGCGCAGGCAAAACGGCUUUGGGAUGACUUUGAGACAUCAGCUGAUGAGAGG